CGAGGUUCGGUUUGGUGCUUGGCCCAGGUGGGUUUGGCUUCGGUGAGGGGUGCCUCAGUGGAACACGCAGCGAGUACCCGGCCACUCCCAGCAGUGAUUGUCACCUGUCGUCCGUGCUACAGCUGCCACCAGGUUGUCUGCUGAUAAACCCGGUCUGUACGGGCCACUAUGGAAAAGCCCAGGGCAGCAGAGAACUCGGGACAGGCCGGGGGUUCCUCAGCACCGUCCGGCACAGGGCAGAACGCUUCCAGGAAGCGGGGCGCCGUGGCGAGCGGGAGAGCAGCGGGGGGGGGCGCCAGCGGGGCCCGGAAAAAGAAGGCGGCUUUCAAGGCCCCCAGGAGAGGGGCCCCGGACUACUUUGUUCACGAGAUGGACGAUGACAUGCUGCUGAUCAUUUCCAACACGGGCGACCGGCCAGUGGCCAAGAGAAAGCACCAGGCGGCGGCAAGGAAGCAGCAGCGCGUCCAAAGGAGCAGUGUGGCGGGAAAGAGAAAGAGAGACCGAAGCGGCGCUCCAGCGGCAAAGGCGCUCGUGCUUGGGGGCCAGGCCACGGACAGCCAGGCAGCUGCUGGGCCCUCCUGGGGAGAGCACCUCCCAGUAGAGAUCCUGGUGCGGAUCUUCCAGGCAUUGGUGGCGGCCGAGGGGGCCGUGCCCACGCUCUGCAGGGUGGCCCGGGUGUGCCGGCUUUGGUACGGGGCAGCCUCCAGCCCGGCGCUGUGGCAGAGAGUGUCAGUCGGCUUCUGCUGGGGGGGGCCAGGUGAAAAGCAGGCGCCGCAGACCGAGAAGAGGAUCCGCACACACGGGGGGAGCUGUGGGGCGGGCCAAAAAAGGCUCCCCAGCCCUGACAUGGGGCUGUAUGCUGCGUUGCUCCUGCCCAUCCCCCCCCAUGCCAGCCUCUCCCCGGAAAGCUGGAUUAACUCUCCAUUCCGUCUGGGCAGGUUUUCCCUUCUCCGGGACUUUGCCCUUUGCCACUGGAGGAGCCAGGUGCCCUUUGUCCUGCAGGCCCUUGCGGAAUCCUGCCCCCUUCUCGCCGCCCUCAAGCUGUCCCACUGCAGCAGCGUGAGCCCCGAGUCCCUGAGCGCGCUGGCUGGACGCUGCCCCCAGCUGGAAAGCUUAAACCUGCAGAAUUCCCAGGUCGACUCCGCGGCUGUGGUGAGCUUCCUGGAGGCCGCUGGCUCUCGGCUCCGGCAGCUCUGGCUGACGUACAGCAGCCGAAUGAACGCCGUCGUCACCGCGCUCUCGAGCGGUUGCUGCCCCGGGCUGCAUCUCCUGGAGGUGAACACGGAGAUCAAGCAGAGCAGCCAGCACCUCCUGCUGUCUGCAGAACAGCUGCAGGCGGCCUGCCCGCAGCUGCAGGUGCUGCGCCUGCUUAAUGUGAUCUGGUCCCCGAAGCCAAGCCCCAGGUCUGCCCCCACCUCUCUGGGCUUCCCCCAGCUGGAGGAGCUGUGCCUGGCCACCACCUCCUAUUCCUUCGUCACUGACAGUAUCCUGCAGAAAAUCUUGCAGGCCUCCCCCAGGCUGCGGGUGCUGGACCUGCGUGGCUGCUGCCGUGUGACGCCCAAAGGGCUGCAGGAGCUGUCGUGCCCUGGUGAGCCUUGGGGUCCCAUCUCUGGGGAGCAUUGGGGGCCUCGUAGCGGCAGGUGCGUUGGGUCCAGCUAGAGACAGAUUUCCUGCCCUCCUGGUGAGCCUGGAACCAGGUGUAGACGCUGGAGAACUCUGGUUCCGUCUCUGCUCCGUGGCCAGUGUCUCGGCUGCCUUGCUGAGCUCUGGGGGCCCCAGGACUCCAUGGAAUAGUAGUUGCCAGCUGGGGCUUUGCAGGGGCUGAGCCGUAAGGGCAGCCUCUCUGGAUGUGUAGGACCAGGGUCUUGCUUUGCACAGCACCUUCCUGUGAGCCGUGCCCUCGGAGCUGUGCGGGACGCCAUUGGGAAGGGCAGCAGGGCGGGAAGGGCGGAGAGGGCUGCACCAGCGAGAGAUGAGCUGGGGAGGCGCUUGGGGCCCUUGGGACGGUAGCUGCUAAAGGAGCAGGCGCUUGCCCUGUGUGGAGGCAAGGGAGCCGAUGCGAAGAAGACAGAAGCUGAGGAAGGAGGAGAGAAACCAUCUCACAGUUUGGCUUGAGUAAAGUCCACGGAGGAUUCCUAAGUAAUACGGGUCAGAGGCACCAGUGACCCGACCCCUAACCCUACCCAGCGAGGUGCAAGGGGGACCCGGGGGGCCGUACCCAGCGA